CCAAAAAAUAAACCACGGAUCUUGCCCCUUGUAUUAUCAUAAACCACCCAUCGUGCUGUGGUCGUCGACGCCGCCCGCGGCAACCUUGGCCGCGACCCCAGCAAAUCUACAACUUUGCCGCUAACCGCGCUAAACAGCCCCCAUCUCUCCACUCUCUGUAUAUAAAUCCAACAACCCAACAAUGAAUACCACCUCCAUCCACUCCAUAUCCUAGAUACGUGCUCUUAUCCACUUCACACUUUAUACAUAAUAUCCACGUCACGCCAAAUAACGAUGUCACGCGCCGCAGCCGCAGCGGCAAAUGCAGCAGCCCACACAGCGGCAGAGCGCGUGUUGCACAUUCGCGCGCAUCCUACGCCAGUGACGAUGGCGGCGCGACAGAGGGUGCUGGUUGCGCUUGAGUCAUUUGGGGAGGUAGAGCAUUUUCGGAGCUUGAAGCACCACCCCACAACCCCCACCACCUCAGCCUUUCACGCCAUCCUGCCCCCAACCGCCUCCCGCGCCCUCCUCGCCGCCUCCCCCCUCACCAUCCCCCUCACCCAGCCCGCGCCAGAGUCUCAAUCACCAGGCCCCUACCAGGAAAACCUAACCCUCACCAUCCGGCCCUCCCCGCACCUCCCCCCCCUCUCCAUACGCUCCUCCCCAAUCUACGGCCCCUACACACCCACCCACCCCCGCCACUCCGCUAUCACCGCAGACCUACUCGGCCGCGUACCCCCCGGCGUCGCGCAGAAGGGGUUAUGCGAUUGGGAGAGCGACGCGCCGCGGGAGCGGAGGGCAUGGGGCGUUGGACUUGGGAGCGGCGGCGUGCCUUGGAGGAUUAGGCGGAGGGAGAAGGAGGGAGGGGGGGAUAGGUGGAUGACUGGAGGAUGAUAGUUAAGCUAAGAUGGGUACGACGAUGCGGCAUGACGACCGGGCGCGGGUCGCCUUGCUGUAUAUCCUGGGACAUUUACCGGGGGAACGGUUCCGGACACACAAACGGCGCAGAUGCACAGGAUAUAUACUGUACCACGAUUGGCAGCGUGCUUCUGGUUGAUGAUAUGCUCUGGCAACGUGGCUAAUGGAACGCCGACGCACUCUGGGGACAAAGUUGAAGAAUGGAUGAGAGAUGUAGUAAUGAGUAUAGAGCAAAGGACGAGAGAAGCGGAGCGAAGGAUGAGCAAGAGGGAGCAGCCACUGGCGUCGUAAAAGGAGGAACCUCUCAUUUACACGAAGCGGCGGCCACUGACGAGAUCGUUAUUGUAUGUAUAUAUAUGUAAAUCAAUCUCGCAGACUGCCGAACCACCCACAUCAUAAAGCAACACUCAUGAACC